AGCGAAUCAAUCAGAAUGGAGACAAGGAAAGGAGGAGAGGCGAAAGAGAGAUUUUCGAGCGCAUCGCACUGCCGCAUAAACAAUUGAUCCGCUGGACUGGAUGAGCAACCUUUCUCUGGAAAGGAAUAGUGAAAAGCCAUGUCACUUGGAACUGUCAGCUUACUGACUUUUAGUAAGACCACUUGACUUUGGUAAGCGAAAUUAGAUUAUUUAGGCAUGGUUGCAACCAAAACAAGAGCUAGCUUCUAGAUGUUCUUCGCCUGAACAUACAUAUACAUAUAGAAGAAGCCACCUUCUAUCUGGCCUCUGUACCAGUAGUGGAGUGGCUUGCAACUUGAAAUCUGAAAAGGAAGAUUGAGCAAGGCAAGGGAGAAAGAAGUUGUCCCCUCUUCUCUGGUAACCCGCCGCCGGUCAUAUAGAGCGCGGAGCCCGCCACCGCAUAUGUAGAAAAAGAGGGAGCGGGGAAGGAAGAACAACCAUUUGGCUUUGGCACAUGAGGUGGCGGGUUUGGCUAGGUAACAUAAUGGAAAUGUAUCGGACUGCAAAUCCUGGAAUGAAUUAGAUGCAUAAAGUGGUAUCGAAGAAGAAAUUCCAUCAGCUGACAACCCAUCCUUUCUAUCUCGAUCUCUGAGCCCGAGGCCAACCAGACGAGAGGGACCGAUAAAGUAGCAGCAUUGCAAGAAAAGUCGCGCUUAAAGGGAGAGCCCUUCCCUCCUCUCGCGCUUAAAGCUCAGCUCUAGCUUUGUUUCUCACAUUCUACUAAUUGAAUCAGCUCUUAUUUAAUCAACUAAUUAGAACUAAUUACAUAGAUGAUCUGCCUGCUCCCUUACUUGAAGAACAUGAUUUCAAUUGAAAAUGAAAUCUUUAUUACAUUACAACAUUUCGAUUAACUCAUUUCGUAUAUAAUCACAGAACGCGCCUUGCGGCCCGCUUGCUUGGCCGGGCAGGUAGAUGAAGGUGAGAGGUUUCAAACGAAAGUGUUAAGAUUGGCUUGGUGUUCAGUGUACCUGUAAAGCCCAAGAGAAAAGGAACGUGGUUUUUUUUAAAGCGGCAUUCUCUCUUGACUCUAUCCCCAAAAUGGAAUCAUGGAAUUCUCGCUCGGAGCUGAAUGAAGGUAUUUCCUUUGGCUAGAUGGAGUGGAGUGACGCGAAGUUCCUUUCUAAAGUCUUUUUUUUUGAAGCCUCGUUUUUGCUCGUAAUUCGUGGAGGGUCGUGGAAGAAUUAAUUGGGUUCGAUUCCCAUUAUACGCGAUGUGGCGAAAAAGACUGAUUCAACGAGAUACCAUGCCUGCAUUAAGAUUUAAAACGUGUCGUCUACUUCCAGGAAAUGUUCGGAACAGAGAACUUUCUCUAAUACAACGCCGCAUUCUCCGAAGAUUGAGGAACAAGAGGAGAUCCAUUAAAAGAAAUCUUUCUCUGAGAGAAAAUCGAAACAGUAACAUCAAAUCACAAACUACACGAAAGUUGCCCCUUUAUUAUUGGGAUUUACCCAUAAGGGAGAUGCACAGAGGAAGAGAACGAACUUCAUAUAUCCCUUUUCUACUCAAUCAAGAAACAAGAUCGGACGUGAUUCCGGUUCGUCUCCAUUUUAGUGACACUCUUCCUCAAGCAAGGCAGCCGAUAAGUCAUCGAAGGGUUUGUGUGAAUAAUAGAGUGGUAAGCAUUACUCAUUUGAAAGUUUCCCACGGUGAUCUAAUAUCUUUUCAAGAAAAUUACGCGAGAACCCGCGGUGAAGAAAUAAGGAGAU